AUGGGUGUGCACUGUGCACAACAGAAGGAGGCUGAAGCCAAUCUCCGUGGUUCGAAGGAUCAUGCUCUAGAAAGCGUUGGCUGGCUCCACGCUUACCGGAGCAUCGUGAAACCGCCUCAGGUGUUGCGCAGUGGAUGCCGUCAAGACCACGUCGCCCAGCACGCCGCGCUGUCACCGCCGCCAGGUAGCCCACGCAACAGCGCGGCCAAGUCUCAAGUCGGCGGCGCGCUGGCUUCCCUGUCUCAGACGCACGAUGCAGCAGCGCUCAGCAUGUGUCAGGCAUCACUCACGCCGUUCACGGGAGGCCGUCGGCCCACCUUCUCGGCGGUGGAUCCGGCGGGCCAGGGAAAAAUCAAGGACCCAAGGCCGAGCAGCACGACGCGCAGACUGCAGAUUGCAGAUUGCAGAUUGCAGACGCCGCUAGCAGAGAACAAUGACCACCAUGAUGCGAGCCACGGUCCCCACUCUGUCUGUGUAGGUAGUCUACCGCGCCGAGAGGACGUGCAAGGGGCCCUUGCAGGCCGCCCUUGGCCGCAGCGGCGAGCAUCCCACGCGGCUCGCUGCAUAUGUAGAACGAGGCAGCUGGCACGCGGCUGCCCAAGUCGCUUCCACCGUCAUCUCGAGCUGUUGGUGCUGGUUAAGUUUGUCCAGUCCCACGCACGCCGCAAACGUUCAGCCACCAAUCACUGCCACCACCAGCACCAGCACCACCAGCACCAGCACCACCACCGCCACCACUACCACUGCUGCUACUGCCACUGCUGCUACUGCUACUGCUACUGCUACUGCUACUGCUACUGCUACUGCUACUGCUACUGCUACUGCUACUGCUACUGCUACUGCUACUGCUACUGCUACUGCUACUGCUACUGCUACUGCUACUGCUACUGCUACUACUGCUACUACUGCUACUACUACUACUACUUCCACUACUACUACUACUUCCACUACUACUUCUACUACUACUUCUACUACUACUUCUACUACUACUACUACUACUACUACUACUACUACUACUACUACUACCGCCAAUCGUUGUUUCGACACAUUUCUAUUUUGGACUGCAGAUAUUGUCCUCUUCUCUGCUCCCACAACAUCAGUCUGGUAGGCGAGUGUUGUGACCCUGGACCCCCAAUUUUCCUGGUCUUGUCUGUCCCACGUUACAUCAUGCCUCGCCCCGGCGUCGGAGUGUUUGGCGGGAGAAAUCACACGCCCGUGCUGGAAAUCAAGCCAGAAUCGCCGUUUGUCGUCUUCUACGGCGAGCCCUCGGAGUCGCACGACGCGGAGCUCAAGGGCAAGCUGAUUCUGAACAACCCCGAGUCGCUGUCGGUGCGCAGCGUCCGCAUCACGCUGACAGCGACGCGCAAAGUCUCAUGGCACCUGACCAACACGGUCAGCCCGCAGCCCAUUACGCAAAAGACCAACUUCCUCGUCGACACCCUCACCCUCUUCCCCGUCUCGUGCUCCGACAAGAACGCAAAGGCGCACAAGAUCAACGCCGGCUACCAUGAGUGGGACUUCAAGUUCAAGAUGCCGAGCAGCAUCGACCAGAGCGUCGAGGGCCUGCCCACAAACUGGAUCGUCUACAAUCUCAAGGCCACCGUGGACAGGGGCUACAUGAGCAAGCAGCUGUCCGCCUCGUCGCACAUCCGCGUCAUUCGCACGCUCGGGCGCGACAUGCUCGAGUCCAUGCCCAUGGAGCAGAUCAACGAAGACAUCUGGGCGAACAAGGUCGCCUACAAAAUCACCGUCCCGCAGAAGAACUACAUCAUCGGCACCCACAUCACCGCCGACUUCAUACUCAUCCCGCUCAGGAAGGGCGUGGAGAUUACCACCAUCAAGAUGGAGCUGAUCGAGUCGCGCCAGCUCUUCGCAGACUACGCCGGCCGGCGCAUCAGCCACCAGGCCGACAUCCAGGUCGCCGUCAAGGAGGAAGACAUGCCCGCCAACUCGGAGCACCUGGUCUCCGCCGAAGUUGAGGACGUCGACGCCCUGUUCGACGAGUCCCACCGCUUCUCCAUGUCGCUGGACCUCCCCAAGUCGCUGAAGCACUGCCGCCAGUCGGUCGACACGGAGAACAUCCGCCUGUCGCACAAGCUGCGGCUGUACGUCAACCUCAAGAACCCAGAGGGCCACACCAGCCAGCUUCUGGUCAAGAACCACGUCCACCUGUUCAUCUCGCCCAACCUCCCGCCCAACGAAGACCAGAGCGUGCUCGUAGACCACAACAUCCUGACGCAGCAAGCCAUCGCCGACGAGGUCAACCAGAAUGCGCCGCCAACGUACGGACGGCACCAGCUCGACGAGCUCUACAACGACAUCGACCCCUCUGGCUUCAUGACGCCUGGCGGCUGGCGCAGCACCAUGAACAGCGGCGCCAACACGCCCUUUUUCGCACAGAGCCGCCGUGGCUCCGCCGAAGAUCUGUCGCUGGACGCCGUCGCGCACCAGCAGGACGGGCCCGGUGUGUCCACCAUCGCGCUGCAACACCGCCUCGCCAACCUCAACAUGUCGCACAACGACCGCACCUCGCGCUUCCACCCCUCCCGGCAAGACUCGAACGGCGACCACACGGGCUCCGGCCAGCAAUCCUCGAACCACUCGUCCGGCCAAAGCACGCCGCACCACCGCACCCCCCUGAACGGCGCCGAGCCUUCGUACUUUGACAUACCCACCGCCGACUACGACUACGACAUGUCCGCCCUCGCCCGCACCCCCAGCUACAACACCGCCGUCCGCACGCCCGCCGCCUACACGCCCAUGGAGGUCGCCCUCCCCAGCUACGACGUCGCCAUGUCGCGCCCCGGCAGCCCCGUUCGCUCUCGAGGUAGCCGCGGCACCACGCCUAGUCCUGCGCGCAGUCUCGAUACCCUGAACGAAGAGACGUUUAGGAAUACGCAGAUCAAUAGCCGCAGGGAGAGUCCGAGGCAUAGCGGUGAGUUACGGUCGUAG